CUACGUCACUAAUGUUUCGGGAAUUUUAGGUACAAUCGGUUUUAUUUGGUAACAAGAUUCUGAAGAUGGCCGACAAUCGGUUGAAUCAGAUGUCAGGAUUUGCUGGCAGUGGCUAUCAAGUUGGCCAGCAAAACACUGCCAUGAAUGUUCCUGGAAUGCAAGCUUAUAUGCCAGCUGGUAUGCACAUGACUCCCAUGAUGCAACAGCAAAUGCUGAUGAACCCUGUCAUGAGAUUUCCAAUGCAAAGCCUGCAUAUGGGACCACCCAACACUGCACCGCCGCCUUACCCUGCUCAUAUGACCAGCAAUAUCAACACAGUCAACAACCAGCAAAGAGCAUCGCUGAGCAAAUCAAAACAGAACGGCCCACAAUCUGAAAAAGAAAAGUUUUUUGAGGAGCAGAGACGAAAGCUCAAAGAAUUUGGAAAGCCAGGAGCCACCAAGGUCGACGAGGGGAAAUUGAUUGGCUCCAUUUUUGCAGGAGAGACGAAACCUAAAAACAUAAAGCCAUCAACAGCAUUACCUGUCUCUGAAGACGACAGUUUCGGUGACUUCCUGCAAGGUCCAUCCACAGCUGCCUCGGAUCAAAAGCCAGAAGAGGUGAAAGUAACUCAUCAGUCUGUUGAGAUGUUGGCACCUGGACCUGAGCCCAAGCACCAGGAAGAAAGAAAAGAUUUGAAAUCUAUCAUGCUUGAAUACUCUGACUUGAGUGCACCCAAAAAAGCCAAAGGUUUUCACAAACCUACUUUGAAUGAGGUCCAGAAAUCUGGCCAUGACCAGCAUAAGAACAAAGUGGCAAGUUUUCACGAAAGUGAUCAUGCUAGAAGGUGGAAAGGUCAAAGUGAAGACUUGGAUGGACUUUUCCAGUUGCCAGUUGUUAUGAAACCUGUCUUAAAGCCUGAAGCCUCCCCACCUUUGGUUAGUCACCAAGCCUACUCAACGCCAUUUGUGACUCCUUAUCCAGCGAUAAGCCCACCUGUAGGUCCACCCCCAUCUUACACAGAAGUUGCUGGACAUCCUACCUCUCCAGUCACCCAGAGUUUCCCUGCGAUGGCAGGUGGUAUGAUGGCUGGUGCUCCUGUGGUCUGUAGCUCAUCCGAGAAUCUCUCCAUGACUCUACCAGAUUGGUGCACUUAUAAUGAAGACCAAAUGCCUCCAGUGUACAAACAAGUCUGGGAGGCUUCACUAGUUAAUAAUAAAAUUACUACAGAGCGCUUGUAUCCAAUCUUGCUGAUGAGUGGACUGGCCAGGGAGAAGCUGGCUGAGAUAUGGUCGCUGUGUAACACGGCCACGCCUGGUCAGCUGGUCAAACACGAACUGUGGCUCAUGUUGGCACUGAUAGCAUUAACCCAGCAUAAUUACAACACAAAUACUUUGGACAAUCUAGCGCGCUGCCCUGUGGCUCCUGUUCCGCAGUUUAACUACCCACAGACACAAGAUUCCAACACUCCAGCCACCUUGCUGACAACUCCUAUUCACCACCAAAUCAGCACACCACACCUGACACUAGGCCAGCAGCUUGUCCCACCCCCUGGUGCCACGCAUUCAAUCGUUGCCCCAAGCGUUGGGGUAACCCCGCAAAUCAGAGCCCCACAGCCACACAUUGUGCAGUUUCCUAGGCCGCAAGCUCCGGGUAAAGGAACAUCAGCGGCCCCUGGACCCGCACCGUCUUUGCCCCCUACCGAAGAUAAUGAUUUUGCAGAGUUUCAAGCAGCAGCGCCCUCUGGGUCUGCAGGAGCUAAAGAUGAAGGCUAUGGAGAGUUUAUUGGUGGCGGUGGCAGCAGCUUCACAGGAAGUGGUGGUUUUAACAUGCCUGCUCACACGACCGGCUCGGGGCAGCUGGGCAAUGGGUUUGUAAGCACUGGCGUCAUCACUGCACAGCCCCAGCAGCAGCCUGCCUCACAGACGUCUAAGCCUGCGACUCUGUCUUUGGCUUCCCUGCCGGUGGACGAUAAAUAUGGAACAAAUGUGCGCUCUUUCUUCUGCAGCAGCGACUCGUCAACAGGUCAGACGUCGCCCAGCUUUGAAGAUGACGAUUUCACUGAUGGCCGAGACAGCUUGAGUCAGGUCUCCACAUCAGAGCAAUCAGAGAAUGACGACUUGCGGAAUUUUGAGUCGUACGUGGAGGAGUUCCAUCAGAAGAAAGAAAAUCCAGAUGGGAGUCCCUUGCACUGUCCCUUCCCCACUAUGCAACAGAACCAAGCUUUGAAAGGGGUUCAAAAUAUGGCCCAACCUACAUUAAAAAGUGUUGCUGCCACCACAUCGCAAGGUGUCAUUCCAAAUAUAAAAAUGCCUCCAAACAUAAACAUACAUGUGAACCCUGCCAACGCUUCAAGCUUCACAGCCAAGAAUAAUGCACAAGUGUCUUCCAGUCUCCUUGCAGGUACAACAACAUUUCCCAAACCUGUUGUCAGCGAGGAUGACUUCACAGAUUUUAAAUCAGCGUCCUUUCAAUCCUCUCUGCCUGCGACUACAACCUCAGUGAAUGAUGGAAGUUCACUCAUUGGUGAGGAGGAUAAAUAUGGUGCUCUGAGAGUGAUUCAUCUUGAGAAUGACUUGCCACAAAAGUCUAUAUUUGAGCAACCUCCCCCCGCAGCUCCAGAUGAUGAUGAAUGGGCUGAUUUUUCUGCAGCCACACCAGUUAAUGACAUCUCCAAACCAGCAACCUCAGUGAUUGGUCAGCCCGCAUCAAGGGGUAAUAAAGAUGACAUUCUACAACUGUAUAACUCGACAUCCAAACAGCCAGAGCCAUCAUACACUUUCGGCAGUUCUUCCAGUGUUAAUAGUAGAGCAAGUAAAAAUGGUUCCUUGUCAGGAGAUGAUCAAAGUGCAGCAUCCACUCCGUCAAAAACUAGGGGAUCGGAUCUUCACUCGUUUGCUGACCAGCUGUCCUCUGGUAGUUUCUCUGAACAGGAUGCUACACUUGCAGGACCAACUUGGUUGCCUGAAGACUCCAAGUCAUCGGAGAACUGGGCCAGUUUUGGUGGCGGCAGCAGCAUCACCCUCAGCCAGUCUGCUGACCAGUUGUCCCUCGCAGUCAGCCCUAAUGACAGCAGGGUGAACAAGCGAAGCAGUUCUGGCUCAGCUGUUAACAUGCUGUCCUCAACAAAAUCUGAUACUUCCCUCGGCAGGGAAUUUGGGAAGAUGAAAGAUGGCUGGGAAAGUGGGUCAUGCAGCAUCUCUGCCGCCAGCAGCAAUGCAUCCCUUAGCAGCUCUGGGGUCCAGAACUGGAAGAAUGAUUUGCAGCCGCCAGCAUUUCCCAGUGUACCAGUGGGUGACUCUGAGGAUGAAUGGAGCCACUUCAGUGGUGUGAACCUGCCCAGCAACUCAGCGGUGGAGGAGUCGCCGACUCAGAGCGAGCCAAAGUUUGUAACCAUUAAGAAGCAAAACUUGGGGACCAGUGAGAUCAUGGGGCUGUUCAAAGUGCGAGACGACCCAGCCACCCUGUCCAGCUAUCAGCUAUCUCCUCAGAAGCCAACACACAUGCCCACAGCAAAGAAACCUGCACCCAAACAUUCUAAUGCAAUACACAGCCCUUCUGAUGGUCCACCACCUUUGGAUUUUGGCCAUGAUGAUGAGGAAGACGAGCAUGCUUACUCCAGGGGUUAUGAUUUUGAUGACCACAUUCACAGAGGUCCCCCUGUCACUGUGUACCCGGCCUUUGGUGGGACACAAUCCAACUACAUCUACAGUACAGCUGGCGGUGGGAAGAAAUAUAAAGAGAACAAAGAAGACAGUGGCUCGGUGCACAGCUUGGAUCUGCCCUCUGCAAGGCCAGUUGACACCUUUGGCAGUGACAAUGUGUCCCUGUCCAGUGCUGACUACAAUAACGGGGACACAUUAGGGGGCAGCACUGGUGGUGCAGCCAGCUCAGAAUCAAAGUCUCUGGAAAGCCUGGACUUGAGAAAUGACCAGGGUGAGACAGACAAUGGAUAUGUUACCAAAGAUGAUGUGUCGCAUCAAGCCCAUCCCCACCCCAUUCAGCCGCAGGAACUUCUGGACUCUAUGCCAGAUUUUGCAGACAAGUAUAACAUAGAACAUGAGGCUCAGGGCAGUGACCGCUAUGGCCAUGAAUGGGAACGCUGCCUCAGCAACUGCUACCGGGUGAUCAUGGAGGCCAACACUCUGUUCAACACAAUCAGCAGCAGUUCUGUCUGUAACGAGGUUCUCAAAUCAACGCAGGGGUCACAGUACGUGACAGCUGUAAUUGAAAUCUAUCGUGUUGUGUGCAAGGUCAUGACCUCUAUGAGGUCGACUGCCAUCUCAACAACAGACUUGGAGCAGACUUUAAAGGAUAUUGAUUUGGCCUGGAACAAUUUAACUGCAUUUCUUGUUGGUGCCUCCUUGUUGCCUGAACAGAACACACUCAGCUUCACUGGCUCUGUCUUAAAGUCUGACAUGAACAAUGCAAAGCAACUGGCCUGUGGUAUCUGCUUGCUCAGUGUGGACGCUGCCUUACCCACUGGUUCCAGCAGCAGCAUCAACAACUGCAAGCUGACUUACGCUGGACGUCAAUACCAUGCAACAUGUGCCAACUUCUGGGUGAACUGUGUGGACCAGACACUUCCAUAUUUAACUCUGCCGGAGUUGCUGUGAAUGCAACUUACGGUUAUCAAAAAACUUUCUCUCAAGAAAGGCAGAGUGAGAAAUCCUACAGUCAUCAGUUUUCCCUAUGAUAGGACUUCUUCCAAUCGAGCAAACUAGAUCCUAUUAGCAGAAGGCCUAAAACAUUUGUGAGUUUUCAAAACACGUUUCCAUAGGCGGGCUUUCGAUACAACCAGCGAUGAUCAUCAGGCCGUUGAAACACCAUACUUUUCAGAAAAAUGUGUGUAUGGAAUUCAUUAAUAGAUGUUCAUGAAAUUAUGUUCAUGUAAUAUACCAUUAGUCUGUGCUACUAAGUUAUUUUAUGUUUGAGGAUUCAUGAAAUUCCACCUCUCAAAUAUUAAGUGAUAUAGAACAAGUGAGAGUUUAGUUUUGAUUAUGUCCUCCUGCCCUAGUUGUAAAUCCAUUCAGUUUUGUUGUAACCAGCUCUCUGGAUAAAAGAAACCCAUUUCAAGUAGUCAUUUACUAGUAUUAAAAAGGUGAGGGUUGGUUACUAAAAAUGUGUGAAUGAUAAGGACUUCAGUGUCCAUUCCAAUUGAUCCACUGACAAAACUAUUGAACAAAAAAAACAACAUUUCUGUUGGUUCUCUCUCCUACUCCUCACUAGCUCAAUGUUUACUGCAGCCAUUCCUGUCACCAUGGUAACUGUGUUGAUAAGCAGACUGUCCCUGUUGAUGUUUAUGCAAUAUGUUGUAUUAUUUCCUGAUUGUUACAUCAUUGAUGUCAUGCGUAUGAUAACCUUUUUCUCGCUGGAUUAUAAGACUUGCUAUGUCAUUGAUGUGGGGUUGAUACAAGUUUGCUAUAAAGUUAGAUAUACCAUCAUCAUUCAAAAGUAGAUUAACAUAUAUAAACUCCUUUUUAUGAUAUUCUGGUUACAUUAUCUACAGUAUGUUCCUUUGUGAUAGUGUCUUGCAGGAAAUUACCAAAUAUACUAUUCGAUUACUGUCAUGAUUAAUAUUUGCUUUGACCACUAACAUCAAAAGAAAUCAAACAGCUAAUCUAUUUCAGAAUAAAAAUCAGUUGCACCUUAUAAAAAUACAAUCACUGAACAUGAUUCUUGGUUUCCUCGUCACGCAUUAUCAUUAGGCUGCAGCAUUUAGCAGUUGUCUUUUUUAUAUGAUUGCUGUAGGUGACUAAGAAAUCGUUAUUGACUGUAUUUUGGAAUAUCUGAUAUGGUCCCUUUAAUUUAUUCACAGACAAAAUAUAUUAUGCUUUAAACAAAUACAAUUAAAUAUCGCUGUAAUUAUGACCAUCUAGACAUUUAAUUUGCAAUGUAUCAUUAGUGGUCAUGGUUAAAAAAAACAAACAAAUUCUUGUUAAGAAUGAAAUUUAGUAAACAAUAUUGGUCAGAGAUCGAAGGCAUGAAAGCAUGUAUUACAAUUAGCAUAUUAUUAGACAUGGCAAUUUGUUUGUCAUACUUCUUUGACUAAACAAGGUUGUGUGCUAUCUAUUUCUUUCUUUCAUUAAAACAAAAGCUCUUGUGCUGAAUUUUAUUUGACAUUUUUUAUUGAUUAGACUUUUUGAUUUAUUUUCAUUCUGUCCAAGUUGAAAGAUAGGAAGGAGAGAAGAGCCAGAUUUUUUAAAGUGUGAAGGCCAUCCAGUUGUAAGUUAUUGUCAGGCUGUAGUUGUAUUUAUCAGACAAGUUGGCGUAGUGACAAGUUUUUUUUCAAAUCCAAUUCCUAAAAUCUGUUAACUCCCCUGCAUCUUAAAUCUUCUCACUCGCCGUUUCUACAUGCAUUCUGUGUGGAUUAAGAAAAUGAGAUGCAUAUUGGACCAAUUAAAUGACUGAAGACUGAACUCUUUGUCUACCAUUCCCAUAUUUGAUUGGUCACGUCUGCUUUCUAACCUUGUCUGUAAUUGAAUAGGAAAUUUCAUGAAACGUUCCCUGGCUUUAUCUUGUCCAGUAGAUAGUUCUAUAAAUGUAACAUAUUUGUUUCACUUAUUGUGAAAGUUGGACAACUUUUUAACAAACUUUUUAUUUAUUCAUCCAAUUAUAAGCAUUGUGAGAAUAUGAAUGGAUCAAUUCAUUUGUAGAGUGACAUCAUUUCUGUUUUGUUCAAAGAUGAAUUACUAGUGCACUUUUUCAUGUCGCUACAAAGACCCAGCUUUGACCUACAUUUUUAGUAACAUGCAAAACUGCCAGGGAUCAGUUAAGUUUUCACCAUCUGCACCUCAUGUUUUGUUUGUAAAACAUCCCAUUUUUAUAAGCUGCGAACUCUUGUCUUUUGAGGGGAACACUAUCUGCCAGCUGUUUUAUCUGUGUGAUAGUAAGAUGGGACAUCAUAGAUAGUUUUUAAUAUGUUUCCUGAAUCCCUUAUGUUAAGCCACCCUCCUUUAAGCUCAUAAAAAAAUAUUGCUAAGGUUUUGGAUGAGUUGUUCAAUGGCUUAGUGAAAGUAUCUUACAAUUGAAUGUUGCAACAAUUCAGAGUUCAGAGGAUCUUAAAUAUUGAGUCAUACGUGUCAGUGUUAGCUGAAGGUUACAAUGAGUUUUCCUGAUAGAACUUUUUAAAUAUCUUGUUACCUCAACAAAAUACUAAAUGAUACAAGAAACUGCUUCAGACUCAGUGUCCUACAGGCUGGCAUCAAAUACAGUUCAAUUUCACUUUGGAAGUUGAAUCUUGAAUAUCUGGGGUUUUUAUUUGCUCAGCAAAUCUCUUGAAGACGUAUUCCAAACUCUAGUCAUUGUAAGAUUGUCGACAAAAUUAAGUUUUGACUGAAUGUUGAGAUGAUUUGUAUCAAAGGCUUAACUUGUGUGUGUGUGUGUGUCUUGCCCAGCAAUGUGUUUGUACUGUACUUGUGGAGGAGAGUCAAUCAUAAUUCUAGUGAUCAAUUUUCAUCAAUCUAAAGAUAAAAAUGUUCCAUAUUGUCUGUAUAUGUUUCUAACGGUGAAUUUCAUUAUAGGAAUAUUUGGCUAUUCAGAUUUAACUGACAUCAAUUAUAUGUAGCUAUAAAUAAAAUAUGUUUUAGAUUUACAUAUUUAAUAAUUAUUAUGAAUCUGACUUUUUUUUUUUUUAGAAUUAUAAAAAUGACUACCUAAUAUCUCUGAUUGACUGUGCCAAGACCAACUAGUAUUUUAGUUGUAAAAAUGGCAGCAUGAAAAUUUGGUGAAGUCCUCUCUUAUUGGGUAGUCCUUAAGGAAGUUAAUUUAUGCUCAGCUGGUCUUUGUGAUUAAUUUCCUUUGUACAACGCUUAUAGUAUCUCGCUGUCUGUCUGGUACAAACCUUGUACACAUUGUUUCUCCCAUUUCCCUUUCUCGGGUGAAGAUGAAAAUUCGCACAAGUAUUAAUUGUUGAAGACAAUACAAUAAAAAAAAAAAAUUAAGCAAUUAGUUUAUCCGUUAGUCUAAAUUAAUUAAGUUUGUUUUAUGUAGAAAAGGGAAAUGGAUCUUCCAGUGCUGAGAAACAUGGCAGAUAUUGUGCUAAGCUUUAUUUUUUUAUAUUUUGCUUUUUAUUUAUUGUGUACUAUAUUAUUAUCUCCCUUCCAAUAUGAUCCACACAUUCUAUCCAAAGUUUAUAGAAUAACUUAAGAAAGUUUAUGAAUCCUAGAUUAGUAAUAGCUUUUUUUUUUUUAAUUUAAGGUUAGUGCAAAAGUGAACAUAUCAGAAUUGACUGGUUGAGAAUAAAUAUUUUAAUUACUUCCCUUGAUCUAAGGAACUCUUUUUGACAAAAACACCUGUAGAAUAUUUCAAAUAAUUAAUUACAUGCAAGAAUGGAGACUUACACCGAGUCUUGAUUUACUAGAAACUUUUAGCUUCAAGAGGAAUGUGAACAGUGGAAUUGAUUGAAGACUUUUUGUUUUCGUGUUUGUUGAUUGAAAAACCACAACAUUAUUUGUUGAAUUUAUCGCUAAGACAUUGAAGCUUCAGUUAACCCCUAUGUAGAAUUGUUGACAUCUAUGUGUAAGUAUGUUGUUUAUUUAUAGAAAAAAAAAUCCAGCACUACUUUUAUUGUAUAUCAUUUUCUGUUUGCAUUUAUCUGUUUUUGUUUUUAUUUUCAAGAAGUUGUGAUACAAAGCCAUGAUGCCAUCUUAGUUGAUUUUUUUUUUUCUGUCAUAUGUUCUCCAUGGAACCGAAAGGUUUUGCUUUGACAAACAUUCCUGCACUAUUAAAAUGGCAGGGGGUGGCUUUAAGUUUUAAAGAGCGAGGGGGUGGGGGUAGAUCAGUAGAGAACAAUAAUGCAUUCUUGUGUUUAUGUCAAGAGUUAUUGCCACUCUUCUUCCAUCACUCAUAUAUUAUUGUCUUGAAUGUCCCUGAAGUUGACAUCAUUGAUUAUAUAUAUAUUUAUAUUUAAAUGGAUCAAAAUACUGGAAGUUUUCAGGUGGUCCAAUUUAUAGAGAUGUGAGCAUUUAAAAUGUCUAUCCUUAAAUCUGGAGUGGUAUAUUUGCCUAUCUGUAAAUCUGGAGUUGUAUAUUUGUCUAUCUGUAAAUCUGGAGUGGUUUAUAUGUCUAUCUGUAAAUCUGGAGUUGUAUAUUUGUCUAUCUGUAAAUCUGGAGUGGUAUAUUUGUUCUCUUUUAUUUCUGCACUGUGGUAGAAAUAUUGGAAGAAGUAGCAGACGUGAGAAAAUAGUUUGUCUUUUUGUAUUUCAUUUCUUUGCUUGAUAUUUUAUUUGAUAGUCUGAUCCCUUUCAAAAAGAAAGUUUUAUUGAUGAAAAAUGUAUUUUUAGUUAACAUAUUGAAGACUAUAAUUAAAUAAAUUCUCAUUAUUGACCUUCAAGAACAAAGUUCUAAAUUUAGCACGUAUAAGUAUAGCGUCUUAUAUAUGUUACAAUUAUACAUGUAUUUUUUUCAGUUGUUUUUUCCUUUUAUUAUUUUCUUUGUUAAACUAUUUUAUAAUAUGUUCCAUGUGAUAUUGAAAAGCUCAAAUCAGAAAUGAAUUAUUAUGGAAUCAUUUCCAGAUAUUUACAGAGCCCUAUGUACAACAUUUGGUCCAGUUUUCAGUGUACAGACCCUCCCCUACCCUAUGUUGUACGUGCUCUGUGUCUCAUGUUUAUUUAUUGAAGGCUCUAAGUCCUUAUUUGCGUAUGUAUAUUUGGCUUUUAAGAAACAAAUUUUUUGUUAACAUUUUCCAUAGUGUUGUGUCUAUUUUUUUUUCUUUACACAUUUAAAAACAAUGUUCUGUUUUUUUUUAUGUUAUGUUAGUGCUGUGUUAUGUAAAUGUUGUUUUAAUGUUUUGUUAAUGCUAUUUUAUGUUAGUUUGAUUUCAUAUUAGUGCUGUUUUAGUGUUAUGUUAACGCUGUUUUCUGUUAGUGUUAUGAUAGGGCUGUUUUAGUGUUAUGUUAACGCUGUUUUCUGUUAGUGUUAUGAUAGGGCUGUUUUAGUGUUAUGUUAACGCUGUUUUCUGUUAGUGUUAUGAUAGUGCUGUUUUAGUGUUAUGUUAACGCUGUAUUCUGUUAUUGUUAUGUUAGUGCUGUUUUAGUGUUUUGUUUGUGCUGUGUUAUGAGUUUUGUUAUGCAAAAGAUAGUGUCACUUGAUAAAAACUUCAUUCAAAUAUCAAGUUAAAAGUCUUAAUGUGUUUCCUAAACCUGGCUCUGUCAUUUAUUUUUCUAGCUGAUUGUUUUAAACUUUUCUGUAACACCAGAAGCAGAAUUAUUUGCUAAUUUAGUGGCAGGGGGGGAACAAACAGGACUCUAGUCUAGGGCCACAACAGAAAGAUGGGGGGGUGGGGGCGGACCUUCACUCUUUUUUUAUGCAUCUUGUAUUGAAGGUUUUUCACAUGAACCUAAAUUGUGAAUCUUGACGGAUAUUGGUUUCUACGCAAUGAAGUUACAUAGGCUAGGGAAUUAGGUUUGAAAAGUAAAAGCUGACAAUAUGCAGGUCAGUUCAUUGAAAUAGUUAAAAUUCCUUAUAGAUAUUACUUUUUUUUUUAAAGUGCUUGUUUAUUAAAUGUCCAUAUGCAAAUUAUAGAAAGUUAAAGAAUAUAUCAUAGAUUUUUAUUUAUUUUAAUGUCUAUUGUGUUCUUGUAUUAUGUGACAGAAUUUAAUUUAUUCGACUUUAAUACUCCUCCUUCUACGAUGAUCAAAUAAAUAAAGUGAAAUCAUUGUUGAAGUAAAAGGGUAAGCAACUCCGACAAGUUUAGACGGAAUUUAAUUUCUCCUAAUAUCUUCUUAAAGUUCUAAUAAUAUUGUGUAUUGAUGCGUAUUGUUUUGUCAUUGUUUGAAUCUGUGCAUUAAGAAGACAAAAUAUGUCAUGGGAUUGUGCUUUGGUUCAUGAAUUAUUACAAACUACCAAAUAUUUUCACAAAAAAAGAUAUAAUAAAUUAUGACAAAAUC